AUGGCCCUGGGCCGGGCUCUGGCUGCGGCGCUGGCUAUAUCAUUGGCCGUGCUGGGGCCACUGUCCCCUGGAGCCCAGGCAGGGGACUGCAAGGGCCAGCGGCAAGUGUUGCGGGAGGCUCCAGGCUUCGUGACAGAUGGUGCGGGCAACUACAGCGUCAAUGGCAAUUGCGAAUGGCUCAUCGAGGCCCCGAGCUCCCAGCACCGGAUCCUGCUGGACUUCCUUUUCCUGGACACAGAAUGCACUUACGACUACCUGUUCGUGUAUGAUGGUGACUCCCCCCGCGGGCCCCUGCUGGCCAGUCUGAGUGGGAGCACACGGCCUCCGCCCAUCGAGGCUUCCUCGGGCAAGAUGCUGCUGCACCUCUUCAGUGAUGCCAACUACAACCUGCUGGGCUUCAACGCCUCCUUCCGCUUUUCCCUGUGCCCGGGCGGCUGCCGCAGCCACGGGCAGUGCCAGCUUCCGGGGGUGUGUGUCUGCGAGCCGGGCUGGGGGGGCUCCGACUGCGGCCUGCAGGAGUGCUCAGCGUACUGCGGCAGCCACGGCACCUGCGCCUCGCCCCUGGGACCGUGCCGCUGUGAGCCUGGUUUCCUGGGACGCGCCUGUGACCUGCACCUGUGGGAGAACCAGGGGGCUGGCUGGUGGCACAACGUGAGUGCUGGGGACCCUGCCUUUUCUGCCCGUAUCGGGGCAGCCGGGGCCUUCCUGUCCCCACCAGGGCUGCUGGCUGUUUUCGGAGGCCAGGACCUCAACCGUGCCCUGGGUGACCUCGUCCUGUACAACUUCUCUGCCAACACCUGGGAGCGCUGGGACCUGAGCCCUGCCCCGGCUGCCCGUCACUCCCACGUGGCUGUGGCCUGGGCUGGCUCCCUGGUGCUGAUGGGCGGUGAGCUGGCUGAUGGCACCCUCACCAGCGACAUCUGGGCCUUUAACCCGAUGGGCGGUGGCCGCUGGGAGCUUCUGGCACCACCUGCCUCCAGUCCCUCGGGGCCGCCCGGCCUGGCAGGUCACGCGGCAGCCCUCGUGGACAACACCUGGCUCUAUGUGUCUGGUGGCCGCACCCAGCACGACCUCUUCUCCUCUGGCCUCUUCCGUUUCCGCCUCGAUGGCACCAGUGGGGGCUAUUGGGAGCAGGUGAUGCCAGCAGGUGGGCGGCCCCCUGCCGCCACCGGCCAUUCCAUGGUGUUCCACGCCCCCUCCCGUGCCCUGCUGGUUCAUGGUGGACACCGGCCCUCCACUGCCCGAUUCUCUGUGCGGGUCAACUCCACCGAGCUCUUCCACGUGGAUCGGCGCGUGUGGACCACUCUGAAGGGCCGGGAUGGACUUCAGGGCCCACGGGAGCGAGCCUUUCACACGGCCAGUGUCCUGGGCAACUACAUGGUGGUCUAUGGGGGCAAUGUGCAUACCCACUACCAGGAGGAAAAGUGCUAUGAAGAUGGCAUCUUCUUCUACCAUCUGGGCUGCCACCAGUGGGUGUCAGGGGCCGAGCUGGCCCCUCCAGGAACUCCUGAGGGCCGAGCAGCGCCUCCCAGUGGCCGGUACUCACACGUGGCGGCUGUGCUUGGCGGCAGUGUCCUGUUGGUGGCCGGGGGGUACAGUGGCCGGCCCCGUGGGGACCUGAUGGCCUACAAGGUGCCCCCCUUUGUGUUCCAGGCGCCUGCUCCAGAUUACCACUUGGACUAUUGCUCCAUGUACACGGACCACAGCGUCUGCUCCCGAGACCCUGAAUGCAGUUGGUGUCAGGGGGCCUGCCAAGCUGCCCCGCCUCCUGGGACUCCCUCGGGGGCUUGUCCAGCUGCCAGCUGCCUGGGCCUGGGCCGUCUCCUGGGUGACUGCCAGGCCUGCCUGGCAUUCAGCAGCAGCACGGCUCCCCCCCGGGGGCCCGGCGCCCUGGGCUGGUGCGUGCACAAUGAGAGCUGCCUCCCUCGGCCUGAGCAGGCCCGUUGCCGCGGGGAGCAGAUCUCCGGCACCGUGGGCUGGUGGGGGCCUGCUCCUGUCUUUGUGACCUCCCUGGAGGCCUGUGUCACCCAGAGCUUCCUGCCUGGCCUGCACCUGCUCACCUUCCAGCAGCCACCCAACGCCUCCCAGCCUGACAAGGUCUUGAUCGUCCGCAGCACGACCAUCACCCUGACGCCGAGCUCAGAGACCGACGUGUCCCUGGUCUACCGUGGCUUCAUACACCCGCUGCUGCCGGGAGGCCCUGGGGGCUCUGGGGCUGAGGAUGUGGCCGUGUGGGCCCGGGCCCAGCGCCUGCAUGUGCUGGCCCGGAUGGCCCGGGGCCCGGACACAGAAAACAUGGAGGAGGUGGGGCGCUGGGUGGCACAGCAGGAGAAGGAGACGAGGCGGCUGCAGCGCCCAGGGUCAGCUCGCCUCUUCCCACUGCCCGGCCGGGGCCACAAGUACGCAGUAGAGAUCCGGGGCCAGCUCAAUGGCUCAGCAGGCCCUGGGCACAGCGAGCUCACCCUGCUGUGGGACCGGACUGGCGUGCCAGGCGGCAGCGAGAUCUCCUUCUUCUUCCUGGAGCCCUACCGCUCGUCGGCCUGCGCCUCCUACUCCUCUUGCCUGGGCUGCCUGGCAGACCAGGGCUGCGGCUGGUGCCUGGCCAGCGCCACCUGCCAUCUGCGCCAGAGCGGGGCCCACUGCGGGGACGCUGGGGCCGGCGGGUCCCUGCUCGUACUGGUGCCUGCCCUCUGCCCACUCUGCGAGGAGCAUCGCGACUGCCACGCCUGCACGCAGGACCCCUUCUGUGAGUGGCAUCAGAGCACCAGCCGCAAGGGGGACGCGGCGUGCAGCCGGCGAGGCCGGGGUCGGGGCGCCCUGAAGAGUCCGGAAGAGUGUCCCCCACUCUGCAGCCAGCGCCUGACCUGUGACGACUGCCUGGCCAACUCGAGCCAGUGCGCCUGGUGCCAGUCCACCCACACCUGCUUCAUGUUCGCCGCCUACCUGGCCCGGUAUCCGCAUGGGGGCUGCCGAGGCUGGGACGACAGCGUGCACUCAGAGCCUCGGUGCCGGAGCUGUGACCGCUUCCUGACCUGUCACGAGUGUCUCCAGAGCCACGAGUGUGGCUGGUGUGGAAACGAGGACAACCCCACGCUGGGCCGUUGCCUCCAGGGUGACUUCUCAGGGCCUCUGAGUGGGGGGAACUGCUCCCUGUGGGUCGGGGAGGGCCUGGGGCUGUCUGUGGCCCUCCCUGCCCGCUGGGCGUAUGCCCGCUGUCCGGAUGUGGACGAGUGUCGCCUGGGCCUCGCGCGGUGCCACCUGCGGGCAACCUGCCUGAACACACCCCUCAGCUACGAGUGUCACUGCCAGAGGGGCUACCAGGGCGAUGGCGUCACUUACUGCAAUCGCACGUGCUUAGAGGACUGUGGCCACGGUGUGUGCAGCGGCCCCCCAGACUUCACCUGCGUGUGUGACCUGGGCUGGACGUCGGACCUGCCCCCUCCCACGCCUGCCCCCGGCCCCCCUGCACCCCGCUGUUCCCGGGACUGUGGCUGCAACUUCCACAGCCACUGCCACAAGCGGGGGCCCGGCUUCUGUGAUGAGUGCCAGGACUGGACGUGGGGGGAGCACUGUGAGCGGUGCCGGCCUGGCAGCUUCGGGAACGCCACGGGCUCCGGCGGCUGUCGGCCCUGCCAGUGCAAUGGGCAUGGGGACCCUCGCCGAGGCCACUGUGACAACCUCAGCGGGCUCUGCUUCUGCCAGGACCACACCGAGGGUGCCCACUGCCAGCUCUGCUCACCUGGCUACUAUGGGGACCCUCGGGCAGGUGGCUCCUGCUUCCGGGAGUGUGGGGGUCGUGCCCUCCUCACCAACGUGUCCUCAGUGGCACUGGGCUCACGCCGGUUUGGGGGGCUCCUGCCUGCAGGUGGUGGGGCAGCAAGAGCGGGGCCAGGCCUGUCCUAUUGUGUGUGGGUUGUCUCAGCCACUGAGGUGCUGCAGCCCUGUGCCCCCGGGACCCUCUGUCCCCCGCUUACCCUCACCUUCUCCCCCGACAGCAGCACCCCAUGCACGCUGAGCUACGUCCUGGCCUUUGAUGGAUUCCCACGCUUCCUGGACACCGGUGUCGUCCAGUCGGACCGUAGCCUCAUCGCUGCAUUCUGCGGCCAGCGGCGAGACCGGCCCCUCACUGUGCAGGCCCUGUCUGGGCUGCUGGUACUGCACUGGGAGGCCAACGGCUCCUCAUCCUGGGGCUUCAAUGCCUCCGUGGGUUCUGCCCGCUGUGGGUCAGGGGGCCCCGGGAGCUGCCCUGUCCCCCAGGAGUGUGUGCCCCAGGAUGGGGUCCCAGGUGCUGGACUCUGCCGGUGUCCCCAGGGCUGGGCUGGCCCGCACUGCCGCAUGGCUGUGUGUCCUGAGAACUGUAAUGCCCACAACGGGGCCGGGACUUGUAACCAGAGCCUGGGCUUGUGCGUCUGUGCUGAAGGCUUCGGGGGUCCUGACUGUGCCACGAAGCUGGAUGGCGGGCAGCUGGUCUGGGAGACCCUCAUGGACAGCCGCCUCUCCGCCGACACUGCCAGCCGCUUCCUGCACCGCCUGGGGCACACGAUGGUGGAGGGACCUGACGCCACCUUGUGGAUGUUUGGGGGCCUGGGCCUGCCCCAGGGGCUGCUGGGAAACCUGUAUAGGUACUCAGUGAGUGAACGGCGGUGGACACAGAUGUUGGCAGGAGCCGAGGAUGGGGGCCCAGGCCCCUCCCCUCGCUCUUUCCACGCUGCUGCCUACGUGCCUGCUGGCCGUGGGGCCAUGUACCUACUGGGGGGGCUCACAGCUGGGGGCGUCGCCCGGGACUUCUGGGUCCUCAACCUCACCACCCUGCAGUGGCGGCAGGAGAAGGCCCCUCAGACUGUGGAGCUGCCAGCCGUUGCUGGUCACACGCUUACUGCCCGCCGAGGCCUAUCUCUGCUCCUGGUGGGUGGUUACUCCCCGGAAAAUGGCUUCAACCAGCAGCUGCUUGAGUACCAGCUGGCGACUGGCACCUGGGUGUCCGGGGCUCAGAGCGGGACGCCCCCCACAGGUCUCUACGGUCACUCCGCUGUGUAUCACGAGGCCACCGACUCCCUCUACGUGUUCGGGGGUUUCCGCUUCCACGUGGAGCUGGCAGCCCCGUCCCCUGAGCUCUACUCCCUGCACUGCCCUGACCGCACCUGGAGCCUGCUGGCCCCUUCUCAGGGAGCAAAGCCCCGGCCCCGACUCUUCCACGCCUCGGCCUUGCUAGGGGACACCAUGGUGGUCCUCGGGGGGCGCUCCGAACCCGACGAGUUCAGCAGCGACGUGCUGCUUUACCAGGUCAACUGCAACACCUGGCUCCUGCCCGACCUCAUCGGCCCAGCCUCCGUGGGACCGCCAAUGGAAGAGUCUGUGGCCCAUGCUGUGGCCGCGGUAGGGGGUCACCUGUAUAUCUCAGGAGGCUUUGGGGGAGUGGCCCUGGGCCGCUUGCUGGCCCUGACCCUGCCCCCUGACCCCUGCCGCCUGCUGCCCUCGCCCGAAGCUUGUAACCAGACUGGGGCCUGUACCUGGUGCCAUGGGGCCUGCCUGUCCGGGGACCAGGCCCACAGGCUGGGCUGUGGCGGCGCCCCCUGCUCCCCUAUGCCCCACUCCCCCGAGGAAUGUCGGCGUCUGCGUACCUGCGGCGAGUGCCUGGCCCGCCACCCCCGGACCCUACAGCCUGGAGAUGGAGAGGCCUCUGCCCCCCGCUGUAAAUGGUGUACCAACUGCCCCGAGGGUGCCUGCAUUGGGCGCAAUGGGUCCUGUACCUCAGAGAAUGACUGUCGCAUCAACCAGCGCGAGGUCUUCUGGGCCGGGAACUGCUCAGAGGCCGUGUGUGGGGCGGCCGACUGCGAGCAGUGCACCAGGGAGGGCAAGUGCAUGUGGACGCGGCAGUUCAAGAGGACGGGGGAGACCCGCCGCAUCCUUUCGGUGCAGCCCACCUACGACUGGACGUGCUUCAGCCACUCGCUGCUGAACGUGUCCCCGAUGCCGGUGGAGUCCUCACCCCCGCUGCCCUGCCCCACACCCUGCCACCUCCUGCCCAACUGCACCUCCUGCCUGGACUCCAAGGGUGCUGAUGGGGGCUGGCAGCACUGUGUCUGGAGCAGCAGCCUCCAGCAGUGUCUGAGCCCCUCCUACCUGCCCCUGCGGUGUAUGGCCGGAGGCUGCGGGCGGCUGCUCCGCGGACCCGAGAGCUGCUCCCUGGGCUGUGCGCAGGCAACCCAGUGCGCCCUGUGCCUGCGGCGCCCCCACUGUGGCUGGUGUACCUGGGGGGGCCAGGAUGGGGGCGGCCGCUGCCUGGAGGGUGGACUCAGUGGCCCCCGUGACGGGCUGACGUGUGGGCAACCUGGGGCCUCCUGGGCCUUCCUGUCCUGCCCCCCGGAGGAUGAGUGUGCCAAUGGGCACCAUGACUGCAAUGAGACCCAGAACUGCCACGACCGGCCCCACGGUUACGAGUGCAGCUGCAAGGCGGGCUAUACCAUGGACAAUGUGACGGGGCUGUGCCGCCCAGUGUGCGCCCAGGGUUGCGUGAAUGGCUCGUGUGUAGAGCCCGACCACUGCCGCUGCCACUUUGGCUUCGUCGGCCGCAACUGCUCCACGGAGUGUCGCUGCAACCGCCACAGCGACUGCGCCGGCGUGGGGGCCCGUGACCACUGCCUGCUCUGCCACAACCACACCAAGGGCAGCCACUGUGAGCAGUGCCUCCCACUGUUCGUGGGUUCAGCCGUGGGGGGAGGGACCUGCCGGCCCUGCCAUGCCUUUUGUCGCGGCAACAGCCACGUCUGCGUCUCCAGGAAGGAGCUUGAGAUAGCCAGGAGGGAGCCGGAGAAGUACUCGCUGGAUCCAGAUGAGAUUGAACACUGGGUGACAGAGGGUCCCAGUGAAGAUGAGGCUGUGUGUGUGAACUGCCAAAAUAACAGCUACGGGGAUAAGUGUGAGAGCUGCCUCCAUGGCUACUUCCUCCUCGACGGGAAAUGCACCAAAUGCCAGUGUAAUGGCCACGCGGACACGUGUAACGAGCAGGAUGGGACAGGCUGCCCAUGUCAGAACAACACAGAGACAGGCACGUGCCAGGGCAGCUCCCCCAGUGACCGCCGAGACUGCUACAAAUACCAGUGUGCCAAGUGCCGAGAGUCAUUCCACGGGAGCCCGCUAGGGGGCCAGCAGUGCUACCGCCUCAUCUCCGUGGAGCAGGAGUACUGCCUGGACCCCACGUCCCAGACCAACUGUUUCCACGAGCCCAAGCGCCGGGCUCUGGGCCCCGGCCGCACUGUCCUCUUUGGCGUGCAGCCCAAGUUCACCAAUGUGGACAUCCGCCUGACGCUGGACGUGACCUUUGGUGCCGUGGACCUCUACGUCUCCACCUCCUAUGACACCUUCGUGGUCCGCGUGGCUCCCGACACUGGUGUCCACACUGUGCAUAUCCAGCCGCCACCGCCUCCCCCACCCCCCCCACCCCCUGCUGAUGGCGGGCCCCGGGGACCUGGGGACCUGGGGGGACCUGGGGCUGGAGGUGGGCCGGUUACCCCAGCAGAGCCACGAGUGCGGGAGGUCUGGCCACGGGGCCUGAUCACCUACGUGACAGUGACAGAGCCAUCGGCGGUGUUGGUGGUCCGUGGCGUGAGGGAUCGGCUGGUCAUCACCUACCCGCACGAGCACCACACCCUCAAGUCGAGCCGCUUCUACCUGCUCCUGCUGGGUGUGGGAGACCCAAGUGGGCCCAGUGCCAACGGCUCAGCUGACUCGCAGGGCUUGCUCUUCUUCCGGCAGGACCAGGCCCACAUUGACCUGUUUGUCUUCUUCUCCGUCUUCUUCUCCUGCUUCUUCCUCUUCCUCUCGCUCUGUGUGCUCCUCUGGAAGGCCAAGCAGGCCCUGGACCACCGGCAGGAACAGCGCCGGCACCUGCAGGAGAUGACCAAGAUGGCCAGCCGCCCCUUUGCCAAGGUCACCGUCUGCUUCCCGCCAGACCCUGCUGCCCUAGCCCCCGCAUGGAAGCCGGCUGGGCUCCCGCCACCCACCUUCCGCCGCUCCGAGCCCUUCUUGGCACCCUUGCUGCUGACGGGGGCUGGCGGGCCCUGGGGACCUGUAGGAGGGGGCUGCUGCCCACCGGCCAUCCCCACCACCACUGCCGGCCUGCGAGCCGGGCCUAUCACCCUUGAGCCCACCGAGGAUGGCAUGGCCGGCGUGGCCACACUUCUGCUCCAACUGCCUGGCGGGCCCCAUGCACCCAACGGCGCCUGCCUGGGGUCAGCGCUCGUCACACUGCGGCACCGGCUGCACGAGUACUGCGGCGGCGGCGGGGGCGCUGGGGGCAGUGGGCACGGGGCCGGUGCGGGCCGGAAGGGGCUGUUGAGCCAGGACAACCUCACCAGCAUGUCCCUCUGA